UUGCCCGAGCGUCUGCUCCGCGCAUGCACCUCCUCCUUUAGCCCCUCUCCCUUCCCAUGCCUUCCCUCGUUGCUUUAGCGGAGUGGGCCGAACCAUUCGUGCCGGUUCGGAAGGGGGCAGCAACAAUGACGCGUUAUCUCUUAGUCCUUUUUUCUGCGCUGAACACUCACUAAAACCCUCCACGGCGCCUUUUACCAUCUCUGACGAUGGCUGUUCGCCGACCAAACGGAGGUGGCGGGGUUUAAUCUUCCUCCCCUCCCCCCCACGAAAGGCGGAACUUAGCUCGUUCCAACAUGGCGGCGGCGGUCGGGAGUUGCAUGUGAGGGGCGUGCGGCCUGUGUUCAGUCCCCUCGCGCUGCGGGCCUCGCGCCAUGCCUCACAAGAGGAAGAAACCCUUUAUAGAGAAGAAGAAAGCAGUAACAUUCCACCUGGUGCACAGAAGCCAGAGGGACCCUCUAGCAGCUGAUGAUACUGCACCCCAGAGAGUUCUUUUGCCUGCACAGAAGGGAGAUGAUGACAAGAGGAGAGAGGAGCAGAGGAAGUAUGGAGUGUUUUUUGAUGAUGACUAUGACUACUUGCAGCAUCUAAAAGAAGCCUCUGGUCCUUCUGAGCUGGUCCCUUCUGUAUCUGGUCCACAGAACAGGAUUGUGGUGACAACAGAAGGAGAGAUAGAAGAAGAAAUCCAACAAAUUCCAGUUCCUUCUAUUAAUUUGCCUUCGUCGGUAUUUGCUUCCGAGUUUGAAGAGGAUGUGGGACUAUUAAAUAAAGCUGCUCCUGUUUCAGGACCUCGUUUGGAUUUUGACCCUGAUAUUGUUGCAGCUCUUGAUGAUGACUUUGACUUUGACAAUCCAGAUAAUCUUCUUGAAGACGACUUUAUUUUAAAGGCCAGUGAACCAGGGAAUGGAGAUUGCCGUGGCUCUGACACUGAGGAUGAAGGUGAAUGGGAAGAUGUGGAUGAUGAUGAAAGUGACAGUGAUGGAGAUUAUGAUUCAGAAGGUCCUUUAUCAGACGAUGGAAGAGUCAAUGGAGAGAUGAAGGAGUUUCUUUUCAUGCAAGAGGAGACCAAGAGCCGAUUCACAGAUUAUUCCUUGACUUCUUCAGUCAUGAGAAGAAAUGAACAGCUUACCCUGCUGGAUGACAGAUUUGAGAAGUUCUAUGAACAGUUUGACGAAGAUGAGAUUGGAGCAUUGGAUAAUGUGGAAUUAGAAGGCUACAUUGACACUGAUAGUCUUCGGUUACAGGAAGUCCUGAAUGACUACUAUAAAGAGAAAGCUAAGGACUGUGUGAAACUUGAUACUCUUGAAUCCUGUGAAGAUUUAGACGCUCCCAUGAAUGAGAAGCAUGAGGAAGGAGAAGAAAUUGUAACUUUAGUUAUUGAAGAAACCAAAGAAAAAUGGGAUUGUGAAUCCAUUUUGAGUACAUACUCAAACUUGUACAAUCAUCCAAAACUUAUUGAGGAACCAUCAAAGACCAGACCAAUUAAAAUUUCCCAGAAGACUGGAAUCCCACUGGAUGUCUUGCCUCAAAGAGGUCUUACAGCUAAGCAGACUGAACGCAUGCAAAUGAUUAAUGACAGUGACCUGCCAAGAGCAUCCACACAGCCACGUUCCAAAAACGAGAGCAAAGAAGAUCGAAAAGCUAGAAAGCAGGCUGUCAAAGAAGAACGAAAGGAACGCAGAAUGGAAAAGAAAGCCAACAAAUUGGCCUUCAAGCUGGAAAAAACAAGGCAAGAAAAAGAGCUGCUUAACCUGAGGCAGAACAUUCAAGGGCUCAAGCUGUCAUAGUUGAACGGACUCUUAUUGUGGAAUAUCCUUGCAUUGGUGUUUUGUGCCAGAAUCUUGGGAUGGAUCCUGCUAACUUAACCUUGUCCCAUCAUGUCAGAAAUGGAGAAAAAAGGUGUUUGAGUAACUCUACAACCGGAUCCUAUCACUUUUAUUAUUUUUUGUAAAUGUAUAGAUGAGGUGAAUCAUUUUGUUAUAAACUAAAAUUAAUAGUAAUAUUGUAUUUUUAUGAACAUAAUAUGGCGACAAGUGAUACACUUAAGAUGCACUGGGAAUAUAUUAUGAUGCUCGCUAAUAGAAAAAUAUAUUUUUCCAUGUAAGUGUCAUGUUCCAACAAAUGUCUGGAUAUAUGUAUUACAAUACAUACAUUCUUCCCCUUUAUAUUGGUACUUAAAUACAAUGACUUACUUGAUUUAACAUAGUCUCAUAUAUCAAGGUUAUGCAGAUUUUUUCACAGCACCCCUGUGCUGUUGUUUAUUGCCUAUGCAUCUCAUGCAACGUGUGUGUUGCUCAGUUUAAAACCUCAAAGUCAGAAAUGACUGUUACUGUUGCUCUUGAAAUUGAAAUUAAUCUGGCAGCAUUAAAGACUCUCUAUAGCAAACAUUGUACAACAAACAGUAAUAUAUUAAAUUGUUCACAACCAGAAAAACAACAAAAUAGCGUGUGUGUGUAGGUAUCUGGUGUGUGUUACAGUGUGUGUGUGUGUGUGUGUGUGUGUGUGUGUGUGUGUGUGUGUGUGUGUGUGUGUGGAGGUAUCUGGUGUGUGUUACAGUGUGUGUGUGUGUGUGUGUGUGUGUGGAGGUAUCUGGUGUGUGUUACAGUGUGUGUGUGUGUGUGUGGAGGUAUCUGGUGUGUGUUACAGUGUGUGUGUGUGUGUGUGGAGGUAUCUGGUGUGUGUUACAGUGUGUGUGUGUGUGUGUGUGGAGGUAUCGUGUGUGUGUGUGUGGAGGUAUUUGGUGUGUGUUACAGUAUGUGUCUGGUGCGUGGGUGUGGUCUGUGUGCUUAGCCUCUAGUCUGCCAGUUCUAGAGGUCAAGAAGGCAUGCAAGGAUUCAUUGUAUCCAGCUGCAAGACUGAAGAGCAGGAAUCCUUGCAUUCCCUCCAAUGGGGAGUGCUCAUUGCCUGGCUGUUUGCCCCCAUCUACUCCCCAUGUUGAGGCAGGAGAAACAGCACAGUGAGAUUCCAGAGGUCUAAACAAUCCCCUGCCAUCCACUGUGGUGCAUACAGAUAUUUAAGGAAGUGCUUCAAAAACGUUCAUUUUUUGAGAAACUCUUAUAAAGCAUGAUUUCAGCUGUGAACGUCUGUAUGCUUUCUAGACUUCAAACAUUACAUCCACCUGGGGCCUUAACCAGAAAUCAUAAGAUAACCAUUUUCUAUUUUAAGUUGUCCACCUGCUCUCUGAUUUUCUUUUAAUUUAUCUCUCUUAGUUUGUCAUAUUGUUUGCUAUGUUCCAGUUCAGUGACCAUACUUAGUUGCUUUUGGAAAUGUCUUUGGUUUCUUCUGCACAAGCCACUCUAACCUAAAUGAGAUUGACAAACCAUUUGUUUUUUCCCCAAUUUUACUGUGUUAUGCUAAACUAUUGGUUCCCAAAAUUACCUUUACAUUCUUACAAAUGCCAAUCAACGAAGAGCAAAUGUAAAAGGCAUUUAAAAGUGCAUUGUUUUUAACCUGUGCCACUGGAGAUUUGUUUGUGUACUUGUUUGAUUUUUUUCAGCUUGAAUAUCAGAAAUUUGGUCUCCAUUUUUUAAUAGAAUCUCCCCCAGAUUCUGCCUUAACCAAAUCAUGAAGAAGUAGCAGGGUGGAUUUUAUUUAAAUCAAAUUGAUUUAAAUCAUGAUGUAAAUCACUGGUCAGGAAGCUUUAAUUUAAUCAUUGUUCUCCACACAAACUUGCAGAGACAAGAGGGUUGAUGGGUAGGUAAUCAGGUCUUUUAUCUCUCAUCUCCAUAUACUGCUGUUAACAAUGAUGUUAACUCUGGAGACACAAAUCCAGUUUGAGAACUGAAACUAAGCAUCAGAGAUGCUUAAUAGGAACUUCUGGACCAGUGGUUCUCAACCUUUUUUGUGCCUUGACCCAUUUGUAAAAAUUUGAUGGCUAGUCUCAACCCAGUGCCUCUCACGCCCAACCUGCUGCCCCCCACCCCCAAGCUCCAGCCCUCUCCAGUGCGUGGGGCAGGAGGUAGGUGUGUGGGAGGGGGGUCUGGGCCAUGCAGGACCCCAAGAAAUCUCCAAGCAGCAGCUUGCAGGCUGUAGCUGCCAGCCUGCAAGAGAUUAGCCAGUUUCCCAUGUUUUUCACUUUUAAAGGACAAUCUAUUUUUAAAGUUUGUUCACAAUCUUUCAAAUAUUCUUGUGACCCAGAGGUUGAGAAACACUGUUCUAGACUGAGCACUGAGUCCCAUUGGGUAAAGUGAUUUUCUUUAAUCUUUACUAAUCUAUAGAGGAGCCUCUGGGAGCCCUGUAAGAUUGGGCCCCUAAUAUAGUCCGUGGCCUGUUGUGACCUACGUAUAAAACUUUUCUAAAAAGGUUACAUGAAUAUAUUGUCUCAAAUAAUAUAUAAUUAGGAGUUGUAAUCCCUAUUCUAUGAUGAUAUCGUUGAUCUUUAACAUAUCUUAAAUUAAAACUACCUUUGUAUAGGUGUUUUUUUUAAAAAGCAUCUUAACCAAAAAAGUAAAAAAAUAUGAUUGAAUAAAAGAAAUCUGAUUUAUAUUUUAAAA